GCACCAAAUGUUAUUUCCGAGUCAGUCUACUGCCGCUGGUGGCAGCGCGCUGUGUAUUCGCUGACUAAUGUCCUUCUCGCCUAUAUAGUUCUUAUCCCUGGUGAGGUUGUCGUGUUAAUCAGUAGAUCACGUUGUGCCAUCGAUGUGACAUCAACGUGCAUUGUUUGCAAAUCACCAAUGCCACCGUAUUUCCGUUUAAUAGCUACGCUGAAGCGGUGACGCGCAAAAUUCAAGCAUUUUAUUGGGACAAUUCUUAUCAUCCGUACUCUUCUUUAGUAAUAACGAACAAUUUUUGCUACUCGGAAGCUAGCUUGCUCUUUACGGAAGAGAGGAUAUAUCGGAUAAUGACAUCCGCAAGUUGGAGAUAAAUCGUUCUCAGAACUCCAGUGGCAAAAUAAUUAUGGAAUCCACUACAAGAAACAUAAAGGAAGCCGGUAACGGCGAAAUUGUAAAAAAAAUCCUCGACCAUGACAAAAAUUUAGUACGUACUGUGUCAUAUGCGUCGAAAAUGGCCGCGGUGGACAUCGAAUUUAAUAAUUUGACGUAUGUCGUGCCGAGCCCUAAAAAAGAGUCAAAGAUGCUUUUAAAAGAAAUAAGCGGACAAUUCAAAUCGGGUGAACUGACAGCGAUUAUGGGUCCUUCGGGUGCCGGAAAAUCGACGUUGCUUAAUGUUCUUGCCGGGUACAAAUACACAAAUAUAGGUGGAGCGAUAAAUAUCAAUCAAAAACCACGGAACAUGCAGGAAUUUAAAAAAAUGUCGUGUUACAUAAUGCAGAACGAUCUCUUCCAACCAAAACUCACCGUUAUGGAAGCGAUGUCCUUCGCAGCAGACUUAAAAAUUGGUAGACAAAAAUCGCAAUCCGAAAAACGUAUCGCCAUAAGCGACAUUCUGGAAACACUUAGAUUAUCUACAACACGAGACACGCUUGUAGAAGAACUAUCUGGCGGCGAAAGAAAGAGACUGGUUAUCGCGCUUGAACUAGUUAAUAAUCCACCUGUAAUUCUUCUUGACGAACCGACCACUGGAUUGGACGAGUUGUCCUCUUUUUAUUGUAUUGAUAGUCUUCAAAAACUGGCGCGUUUUGGACGUAAUGUCAUAUGUUCCAUACAUACUCCAAGCGCGAAUACCUUUAACAAAUUUGAUAACGUUUACGUCGUGGCUGCCGGACAAUGCGCUUACAGAGGAACCCCGAAUAAUGUGUUGCCAUUCUUACAAAACCUAGGUAUAGAGUGUCCGAAGCAUUACAAUCCGGCGGACUUCAUAAUAGAAAUCUGCUCGGGCGAUUAUGGUUCCCAUCUAACCGAACAACUGAUCACUUAUGUCAACAAGUUACCGAUUCUUCCGAUUUCUCGAGCAAAAUAUGAUCUCGAUCUUGAUAAGAUGAAUCCGAAAGUCUUUUGGUUUGAUCAAUUUAAAACACUACUCAAGAGAAUGUUCCUACAGCUUUAUCGAAAUAGAGAUUACAUCUAUAUGAAAAUAGUGUUACAUAUUUUCUUAGGAUUGGUAAUUGGUUCACUGUUUUUGAAUAUGGGCAACGAUGGUUCCAGGGCUCUAUUCAAUUUUGGGUUUUGCUUCGCGUGUUUGAUUGUAUUUCUGUACAUACCUAUGUUACCAGUGUUAAUGGAAUUUCCUUUUGAAAUUCGCAUAAUGAAGCGGGAGCACUUUAAUCGUUGGUACAAUCUUAGCGCAUAUUACUGCUCCUUUACAUUAAUCAGUAUACCUGUACAGAUACUGUUAGGUUUUAUAUAUCUCUCGAUGGUCUAUCUCAUUACGGGACAGCCCCUUGAGUGGCAUAGGUCCAGCAUGUUUUUCUCUACUUGCUUCGUCUGUAGCUUCAUCGGAGAGAGUAUAGGACACAAUAUUGGUAGCAUAUUCAACUCUAUAAAUGGUAUAUUUAUUGGUCCAGCACUCACUUGUGCCAUGAUUUUAAACGCAGUACAAGGCUUUGGCGAUUUUACUCCUCUUCCGAUUCAUCGAACAUUAAUCAUGUAUAGCAGUUACAUCCGAUAUGGAUUGGAAGCUUUAACAGUAUCCAUGUAUGGUUUUGAUAGACCGAGAUUACCUUGCCCAGUGGAAGAAGUGUAUUGCCAUUUCAGUUCGCCUAAGGAAAUCUUUCGAACUAUCGGUUUGCAGAAUGAGCCAAAUUACUGGUUGGAUAUGCUAGCUCUUCUUAUUAUUUUAUUUAUUUGUAAAGUAACAUUAUAUUAUUUAUUGAGGCAAAGAGUGCAACCAAACAAAACUUUCCAAAUGCUCUUCAUAAUCGGGGAUUAUUUCAAGAGCCAGCUGAAUAUGUGAUCAUUAAUAAAUGUUUGCAUUAUUCAUAUAUUUGAGCUAUAUUAUAAUACAUUUAGCUCAAUACUCUUUAAAAAAUAAAAAAUUUGAAAUAUAAUUGUGUAAUAAAAACACAAUUGUUGAUGCAAUAAUAUGGUCAACGUGAUAUUAAUUAUAGUAAAAAAAAUACUGAUAACAAAAUAUUGAUAAUCUGUUAUA